UUCUGAAAUAACAACAAGUCUAAACUUUGCAAUAUCCAGCAUUAUCAUCACUGAAAUGAAAAUUUCCAUUCUCUUUUUCAUUUUGAAGCUGAGCACGGACUUUAAAAAAUGAAAAAACAUUUCUAAUUAACUCGAGUGAUUUUUCACCGUACCAGGGGACGGUUGUCCUCUGGCUCUGUCCGAUUGGCUCAUCGCCUCACAUCACACUUACUCUGAGAACGAAAAAAAAAUUGCAAAACAUCUUACCGAUGUAGCCAAGGAAAUUGUACAUGAAGAAAUGGUAACAAUCGCCAGGACAGGAAUAAAAUUAUGUUAAGAUCAAUUGCUAUAUCGCGUAAAGAGGACUCCAAAUAUUUUCUUAAGCAACAAGUUUCUCGAAAAAAUCAUGAGCUCUGCAUUCCGCUACAAAGAUAAAGAGAAAAAAAAAUAGUUGACUCUGAUGAAAUAGAGUAAAAAAAUUGAAACGUCUCCUGCUGAGAUUACGCUACACCUCCAUAUGAAAAACCCUCGCAGUCACGUAAGGCAUAUUUUUAUUCUGAAACUGUGAUCGAAACUUCUCAUUAGGAAUUUGAAAGAUUGACGAACUGACCUUUCCAACGGUUUUCCGUUAAUGGCUAGACAUUUUAUUGCCCAUUAACCUCUGAAUUUUCCCCUAAAACGCUUCCACUCUUGGGACAAUGAAAUUUUUAUAUCACGCGGUACGUAAAUGGACGCUUUUGCGUACGCUUCGCGUACGCAAAACCCCCAUUUCCGCACCUCGUAAUAUAAAAUUUCGUAUAACACGCGUACGAAAAACUUUUUCGUCCUAGUGUUAUAAUGUACUAUUAUCUUUUCCGGGCUUCCGAUCAGCCAAUGGGAAUAUAUACGAAACUCGAUGAUGUAACUCGAAAAAUGUACAAAGAAAUCCCCUCUCCGGCCGGAGAUACCGGAGUCAUUCUUAUAUAUUGAAAUUGUUCAAAAUUUAUAGUCAGUCGCUAACAAACAGUCAGCGCAUUCACUUCAAAUUGCAUACACUCGUUUCAAAGAUUCUAUUAAAUACUCUACCAUGAAAAAAAUCGUUAUAUUCGGUGGUACCGGCAUGACCGGCUUGUGUGCCCUUGACUCUGCUGUGAACCGAGGUACGUUCGUUUUCUCAUGAGCGGAAUAAAAGAAAAAAUUAAAUACUCCGCAAAAAUGAUGAAUGUAUAAAUUUUCAUUUUCUUUAUUUUUAUAAUGGACAACAACCAUCAAUAACAGUGUGCAAAAAGUCGACAAUCAUCCGUAGUGAUAACUGAAAAUGCACAAUAAAAAUAACAAAAUAGGCAUCAAUUUAUUUUUUAAUCUCAAGAAUUAUUAAUGAAUAUAGUAAUAAACGUUAAAUAGAGUAAAAUGUAAUCAUAAUUGAAAUCGCACUUUCAACACAUUUACAAGUGAAAACCUUUUUACAAAUUUUAUGGGUAAUCUUUCAAUUUACGAAAUAAACUUGGAGAAUAAGAAACGAUGAAAAUUUGGAAAUUCUUCUAUUGAUGUUUGAAUCACUACUUUCCCCUUUCCAUUGACAGAAUUUCAGAAAAUUUUUACAAGAUUUAAAAAUUAAGUUGCCACUAAAUUAUGAUAAGAAAAUAUGUAAAAAUUAUUGUCUGUAACCAAUCGAGAAAUUUCAAAGAAUUGAAUUCGUUGUUCUUAGGUUUUGAGGUCAGAGCUUUUGUACGAGAUGCAUCAAAAAUUCCGGAACAUCUCCGAAGCAAGGUUGAGACUUUUGUAGGUGAUGUGACCAAUAGCGAUCGAGUGUCAGAAGCAGUUAAAGGCACUGAGAGCGUGGUCGUGGUUCUUGGAACAAGAAGUAAUUUGGGCCCAACAACAGUCAUGUCUGAUGGUACCAGAAACAUAAUCGCGGCGAUGAAAACUCACGCAGUUCAAGUCAUGUCUGUCUGUCUAUCUGCUUUUCUUUUCUACAAACCAAACGACGUGCCCGCUAAAUACAAAGAUGUGACUGAAGACCAUCAAAGAAUGUUCGAUGCUGUGAAGGAAAGCGGGCUCAACUGGAUCGCUGUUUUACCACCUCUUAUCACAGAAUCACCAAGUACGGGUUACCAAAUUGAGCACGACAAGUCACCGGGUCGAACGAUAUCUAAGUACGAUUUGGGAACAUUUUUGAUCGAUGCUCUGCAGAAACCGGAACAUUAUCAAAAAGUUUGUGACAUAACUUCCAAGCAGUAGAAAUGAUGGAUGAUUUGUUUGUGAAAAGUUAAUUAAGCAACAAUUAAUGUACCCGUCUAUUUGUUAUACAUACGUCAAUUCUUGUUUUCGUCAUAAUUGUACUGAAAUUCUGGCUAUAAAUGUUUAACCAUGUAA